AUGCUUAAUAAGCUUCAAUCUGACUUAAGCGAUCACAAGAGUGAAGUGCACAGCAAUGCGUCCAAAAAGGACAGUGCGUUGAAGGACAUCCACUCCAGGAUGGUGUCUCUUGCUGAGCUCAGUGGGAAGCUUGGCCAAUUUAUUGGCAAAAGUGACGCUGUUACAGAGGCCAUUAAUAAUGCUAUUACAGCUAUUAUUGACAGUGAUCCUGAAUUCAAAAGCCUUAAAAAUCCUUCGUCUUCGACUGGGCAGUCUCCCGCUGCCGUGUCUGCUGGGCUUAUAAAUGAUGGUGAGCUUGAUGAGAAAAUUGAGCAUUAUAAUAACCUUAAAACAUCCCUUGAAUCUAAGAAAACUGACAAAAAUCCUCCCCUUUCCUCUGAAGAGUCUCGCCUUUUAUCCUCUCAUCAGUCCAAGUUGGAUGCUCUUCAGAGGCUGAAGAGCCUUAAUGAGUCUUUGAAUUCUCUUAGUAAAAAUGAUAACAAUUGUAAAAACCUUUUAACAAAUUUGUGCUCUGGCUUGGAGAAGUUCCUUGGAUACCAAGAAACUUCCAAAGGCUACGAUGGCACUGGCAUCGUGUACUCCGAUCUUGACAGGCUGUGCGACGGGGUGAUGUCUUUCCUUCAUGGUGUUCUCAGUGGAGUGAAGGAUGAUGAGAGCGUUUUCACAUAUAGCUUUAUAUCACAAAAUGACCUUAAUAAAAUUUUAGAACAUAUGCAUCUUGGUGAUUAUGGUUUUCGUGUUUGCAUAGACCAUGUGAGUGAUAUCCUUAGUGAGUAUGAUAAACACUUAAAUGAGAAAACAAAUGCAGUUAACACGUCACUUAGCGAACUUAGUACUAAUUUAAGUAAUCAAUAUGUCACACAAGUAAAUGAGAAGAUUAAUGAGCCGCUUGAAAAGCAGCUGACUGCUUGGCGGACCACUGUCCAAAGCCUCGAAACUGAGGUGAACAAAAUUCAGACUGAGAAAAUUAAUGUUUUAGAUACUACAUUGAAAAGUAGUGUGUUGCGUGAAUUCGUGCCUGUGAAAAGUGUGGUGGAGCAUAUGAGAAGUGUUAGCUUGGACCCAAACCUGAUGGACCAGGCGAAGAGGGUGGACGGGGAGUUGCUAAAGACGAAGGCGAAGUUGGAUGCGGAGAUUGCAAAGCAAUCCAUAACGCUUCAACAGAAUAUGAUCGUGCAGUUCAAUAGAGUCGAAAAUAGCAUUUUGAUUUUGAAAAGGAAUAAUGCUGAACAUUUUAAAAAAUAA